AUGGAUCUUUGCCUCACCGAUAGUUCAGCCGGGAAAUGGCCAUGCCGACUUCAUUCUAUGACGCUGGGCGGAACUCUGGACUCGGCUGUCGUGAAAACAUUCGAAUGGCCACCUGCAAUUGACCAAUUAAUUUUUCUCGGAUACGCGAGUCUCGAUCUUUCAGCCCUUAGGAUUGCUCUGUCCCAUCCGGUACUUUUUUCACAAAUAAGACGUCUCACGUUCCUUAUUAACAAACCUGGGAUGCUUGCGGAUGACAGUGGAUUGAAUAUUCUUUAUGAGUUGCCAAAUUUGGUAUACCUACGGAUACCGAUCGAUAUCUUCCUUAAUAUGGCGCACGAGGAUCUCCCACAUUGGAAUUCCGUGCCGCUGAAGGUCUUAGAGCUUGAGCAACACGUGGAACUCGAGGAAGACGAAUCGGAUGUAACAGAUAUACUUGGUCAACUGAGAACUAUUUUUUCCAACGUCUGGGCUUUAGGACUUACCCAGAACACAAUGCGGAUAUUUCGCCAGCGUGUUAAAGAGCUUGAAGAUGAGAUCUGGUCCCACAUCCCUGAUGACGAGGAGAUGUUGGCCGAGGGUCUCCGGGCUCUCGAAGGAGGUGACAUUGGGCUCUACAUUAUUUGA